AACGGACUACACUGAGCGGAUGUCUCAAUCCUACCCAUUCAUUGACCCCCUAAAGCUCAAUCUAGCGGGAAAAUCAGUCUUCAUAACGGGCACUUCCAAAGGAAUCGGACUCGCUAUUGCCAUAUCUUAUGCAAAAGCCGGAGCAUCUCUCAUUGGUAUCGCAGCAAGAUCCUCUCAAGAAGCUACAAUCAAAGCAAUACAGGAAGCAGCGGUUGCAGCUGGAAAGCCAUUACCUAAGAUCCUCGCUUACAAGCUGGAUGUAACCGACCCAGACAUGGUCAACGAAAUCGCGAGUCGUUUUGCGCUAGACACAUCUUCCCGCUUAGACAUACUUGUGAACAAUGCCGGCUAUCUUCCUCGAUUUGUGCCCAUUACGGAAUCCGACCCGGAAGACUGGUGGAAAGGCUGGGAGGUUAAUGUGAAGGGCGUAUUUCUGCUCACUCGACAGAUGCUGCCGAUAAUGCUGAGAGAUCGACAGUCGGAUCGUACUAUUGUCACUCUGACUAGUACAAGUGCGCAUCGUGUCUCGUCUGGUGGAAGCUCUUAUCAGAUGACAAAGCUUGUUAAUUUGCGUUUCAGUGAGUUCAUUGGGGCAGAGUAUGGGAGUGAGGGGGUCCUGGCCUAUGCUGUGAAUCCGGGUGCAGUGGCAACCGAGAUGGGGAGAAGCGUUUGUGCAGAUACGAUCACAUAUUUAACUAGUGAGAAGCGGGACUGGCUGCAGGGGCGAUAUCUCAGUGCUCUUUGGAAUAUGGAAGUUGUUCUUCAGAGGAAAGAGGAAAUUAUUGAGAACGAUUUCUUGAAGGUUCGGAUGGCAAUUGGUUAG